AUGAGAACUCAAUUAGUACUAAUUUUUCUUGUUUUUCUGUGUCUUGUUAUUUGUGGAGUUUCAGGUGCUAAUGGAAAAGUACCACGCAAGAACUUCUAUAAGAGCACUCGUUGUCCAAAUGCUGAACAGCUUAUUAGAGAUAUCACUUGGAGCAAAGAUAAAAAUGACGCUACCUUGGGUGCUAAAUUGAUUCGACUCCAUUACCAUGAUUGUUUUAUAAGGGGAUGUGAUGCUUAUAUUGAUGAUAUCAAGCUUCAAGUUGAGGCAAAAUGUCCUAGAAUUGUUUCUUGUGCUGAUAUUUUAGCAUUAUCUGCUCGUGAUGUUGUUUCUUUCCCUGUAACAUUAAUUAACUCUUUGCAUGCAUUGUGGGAUGUGGAGACCAGAAGAAAAGAUGGGAAUGUUUCGCUUGAGAGUGAAGUGAACCCAAACUUACCUUCAGCAUUCUCAAAUUUUGCAAUCCUUCAGCAACUCUUUGCAAAGAAAGGCCUAAAUGUCGAUGAUCUUGUUGCAUUAUCAGGUGCUCACACAAUUGAUGUUGCUCAUUGUGGAGCUUUCUCAAAGAGACUCUACAAUUUCACUGGCAAUGAUGACAUGGAUCCAUCUCUCAAUGCUACUUAUGCUGAAACUUUGAAGAAAUUGUGCCCUAAUCCAGCCAAUCCAGCAACUACUAUUGAAAUGGAUCCUUCGAGCUCAACCUCAUUUGAUAGCAAUUAUUUCAAUAUCCUUAUUAAUGAGAACAAAGGGUUGUUCCAAUCUGAUGCAGCCCUUCUCAAUGACAGAAACUCACAAAAUGUCGUCAUAAAAUUGCAAAAGAAUAAGGCUUUCUUUUUUGAGUUUGCAAGAUCCAUGCAAAAAAUGAGAUCCAUUGAAGUUCUUACUGGAAAUGCUGGAGAAAUCAGGAAGAAUUGCCGUGUCAAAACUAAUUCUAGGAAGAAAAAAACCCUAUGA